UUCCGGCCAUUAAACCCACCCUCCCCUCCAGCCCUGGGGUGGGGUCCGUCCAUCUGUCCGGCCAGCAGGCCCAGACCCCUGCCCCUUGACCUCUGACCUCUGCCCCCUUUUCAGGCACCCUCCUGUGCCACCUUUGGGCCCCUUCCCCCGUCACCCACCGCCUUCGUCCAAGAUGCUGCCGCUGUUGCUGCGCACCCCUGCCCUGCGGCGAGCCCACAGGCUGAUCCCCCUGGCGCUCUGCCCUCGUGCCAGCGCAUCCAGCGACUCCAGCCCGAAGCCUCUCCCGGGUGACGGGGGGUCUUCCCGGGCUUGGGGGGCGGCCGGAGCCCUGCUCGGCCUGGGCGCCGUACUGGCCUAUGGAGACCAUCGCCGCCGGGCCGCGGAGACGCCCCCCCAGCUGUUCACGCGGGAGGAGGUGGGCCGGCACCGCACCCCGGAGACGCGGGUGUGGGUGACGCUGGGCUCCGAGGUCUUUGACGUCACCGACUUCGUGGCCCUGCACCCCGGGGGUCCGGCUAAGCUGCUGCUGGCAGCCGGGGGUCCCCUGGAGCCCUUCUGGGCCCUGUACGCCGCCCACGACCAGCCCCACGUGCGCGAGCUGCUGGCCGAGUACAAGAUCGGGGAGCUGAGCCCGGACGACCCCGCGCCCGCCCCCUCGGCCGCCGACGACCCCUACGCGGGGGACCCGGCCCGCCACCCGGCCCUGAGGGUCAACAGCAGCCGCCCGUUCAACGCGGAGCCUCCCCCGGAGCUGCUGGGCGAGAACCACCUGACGCCCAACGCCCUGUUCUUCACUCGCAACCACCUGCCCGUGCCCGCCCUGGACCCGGGGACCUACCGGCUGCGGGUGGAGGGCCCGGGCGACCGGGUGCUGACGCUGACCCUGGACGACCUCCGCCGCUUCCCCAAGCACGAGGUCGCGGUCACCCUGCAGUGCGCGGGCAACCGGCGCGGGGAGAUGACCCGGGUGCGACCGGUCAAGGGGCUGGACUGGGGGGCGGGGGCCAUCAGCACCGCCCGCUGGGGGGGCGCCCGGCUGCGGGACGUCCUGGCCACGGCCGGCCACCCGCCCCGGGGCCCCGAGGCCCACGUCUGCUUCGAGGGGCUGGACCGGGACCCGACGGGCACCUUCUACGGGGCCUCCAUCCCCUACGCCCGGGCCAUGGACCCCGACGCGGACGUGCUGCUGGCGUACGAGAUGAACGGGGAGCCGCUGCCGCCGGACCACGGUUACCCGGUGCGGGUCGUGGUGCCCGGCGUGGUGGGCGCCAGGCACGUCAAGUGGGUGGGCCGGGUCAGCGUGGAGCCGGAGGAGAGCCCCAGCCACUGGCAGCGCCGGGAUUACAAGGGCUUCUCUCCGGCCGUCGACUGGGACACGGUGGACUUCGACUCGGCUCCGGCCAUCCAGGAGCUGCCGGUCCAGUCGGCCGUCACGGAGCCCCGCGACGGGGACACCGUGGGGCCCGGGGAGGUGACGGUGCGGGGCUACGCCUGGAGCGGGGGCGGGCGGGCCGUGGUCCGGGUGGACGUGUCGCUGGACGGCGGGCGCAGCUGGCACGUGGCGGAGCUGGGGGAGGAGGGCCGGGCCCCGCCGCGCCGGGCCUGGGCCUGGCGCCUGUGGAGCCUGACCGUCCCCGUGCCCGCCGGCCACAGUCGGCUCUGCAUCGUGUGCAAGGCCGUGGACGACGGCUACAACGUGCAGCCCGACACGGUGGCCCCCAUCUGGAACCUGCGAGGCGUCCUCAGCCACGCCUGGCAUCGCGUGCACGUGACCGUGGCGUCCUGAGCCGCGUCUGGCAUCGCGUCCGCGCGGCCGUGGCGCCCUGAGCCACGCCUGGCAUC